AUGGUGGACCGAGAUAUACAUAAUUCUGAUUCGCGAAAUCCAACUGUUCAAAGAUCAAAGUCAAUUGGUGCUCGGUUACACUUCAGCUAUACUGGAAAAAAAACCGAAAUCAGGGGAAGCUCUAGUUCUCGACCCAAACUUUCGGAUACUGUUGGAGGAAGUACUACAGUAGGAAACAGUAUUGUAGGAAGCAAUCGCCUACUUCGGCAAUCAACAUUCGAUUACUCACACCUCACCAGCACCCCAUCCACUCUCUCCCCUCCAAUUCCAAGAAGAUCAACUCAAGUGUAUAAUGAGCCCGUAGUAAUUCCAAAAGUUGAAUCUGCUUCGUUGUUUCCACGCACAACUAACUCUCGUGUUUCUCAAGAAGUUCCAUAUUUCUACGCCGAAGCGUCUUCUGCACCAAUGUCGUCGUCAUCUCAUCUCGCGGCAAAAAACAUCACCCAGGCAACUUCCCCCACUCUACUCCCUUCGCCUCCUCCGCCACGAGCACAAAAUCUCAGUGAUGCUCCGCCUCCUGUGGCACAAACAACACAAUAUAAUAGGAAUUAUGGGAACAACUCAUAUUCUGCAUACUCGUCCUACGAUCCGUCGAAAAGAGUGACUCCGGCGGAUACUUCACCUCGAAUACAAGAUCCGCGUCCUCCUGAUAUUCCACGUCAUCAUUCGUUAGCUCCUGUAGAUUUAAACCAAUCUCCUUCGCCUAUUAGAAGGACGCAAAAAGAAGUUUACCCACACAGUCGUCGUCAGACUUCGACAAAUUUCCCGACUGCUCCAGAAACAACUCAUCUUCCGGUCCAUUCGUUGGCUCCUGUGGAGACAGCUAGAAGGUCUCCAUCCCCCGUUAGAAGAGCACGCAUAGAACUUGAUCCACGCAGUCGUCGUCAGACUACAACCGCUUUUCCGACAACCGCAGAAACAACUUACCUUCCGGUUCGUGAGUAUUCGAGAUUACCAAAUCCUCUACUAUCAGUUGCGCGUGAACCUACUCCAACUUCAGCACCCAAACCUUUGUCGCUAAACUCUCAGAAUCCUCGUCUAAGAUCGCAGGACAGGCGGCACAUGACAAUUGGUUACACGCAAAAUCAAUACCAGGUCAUUCAAAGGGCUCAAGAAGAAAUCAAAGCUGAGACAGAAAGGCAGGAAAACGAGAUAAAAGCAAAAUUGCAAGCAGAAAGAAGAGCCGAGGAUCAAAAGCGCUUUGAAGAAAGACGGAGAAUUCGGGAAGCUUCUGAGCUAGAAGCGAGGAAAAGAGUUGAAGAAUCUGCAAGGCUGGAAGCUGAGCGACUAGCCCUGGAAGCCGUUAUGAGAGCCGCACAACCGCCAGACGAAGAUGCCGACGUGGAGAAGUUCAUCCAAAAUCUCAACCAACGAAUCCAAGACUCACGGGAUUCAAAAAACUUGCAGGGCGCUCUUGUAGGGCGCCAUCAGAUUCCAAACCCUGCAACAAAUGCGGAAAAUCUCACAAAUGCGCUGAAUGAAGAAGAAGAAAAGGCAGUUGAAGGCCACAAUGAUCAAGUAGGGAUGUCUACACAAAACGCCGCCACCGCCGACAGCUCGGAGGUGCGUACGUUUCUCGAUCGUUUGAAAGAAAUGAAGAUUGACAAGAAUCAGAAUCGCAAAAAAUUUGCUGAAAAAUUCUACGAUCCAGAAGACGACGAUUCGGAACUCAAUUCAGUGACCAGCAUGAGCUCAUUUCUGUCUACAGUGCCUGAAGAGGACCCGGACACCACUUCACUUGAUAAUCAAUUCUAUCUAAUUGCUGAUUCACAGCCAAACCAUACUCCAACGCUACAGCCACGUGUCAUCUCUUACAUCCACGAUAUGGUGGACGGUAUCUUAUCAUGUUUGAAUAAGGCCGAUUUUGAAAAUGUUAUUUUCGAUACUCAAAAAACAUCGUCACAGCUGUACGAUGAAGACCUCUACGCCGACGCUACAAACUACAACCACCGUGCCAUUUCCGAAACUGCUCGUCAGUUCUUCACACCGCAAUCUUCGCCAGUCGACGAAACCAAUACAAACGAUUUCUAUAAUGACUCUUUAUAA